GUGGAAAUAGGGGAAGGGGUCAGAUUUAUCCUGAUGGUAGCAAAAGUAACAAUACAGUUUAUAAUGCUACGGCAGGAGGGAUAAUAAGCAAAAUUUUACGAAAAGAAAAAGGGGGAUACGAAAUAACCAUAGUGGAUGCAUCGAAUGAACGCCAAAUAAUUGAUAUUAUCCCUCGAGGCCUAGAACUUCUUGUUUCAGAGGGCGAAUCCAUUAAACUCGAUCAACCAUUAACGAGUAAUCCUAAUGUGGGUGGAUUUGGUCAAGGGGAUGCGGAAAUA